GGCGGGGCGGUGUCCGGUACCUGAGGGCGCGGAGCGGCGCGGCCCGACCUGAGGAGGGGACUGCGCCGGCCUGCGCCCGCCCGGCGAGCCUGGUGUAACGUCGUGUUCUGUCAAAUGUACUUUGGCACACAAUGAAACGUACGACUGCAGCCUUUAACUUUGAGUUGAAGCAAGUUGAGCUGUUUAUCUUCAUUUAAAGAAAAGUGAAUGGGAGCUUUAUACUGUAGCAGAGCAUUAGUGUCCAGGCCAGACAACAAAUUAAGAUUGACUGCUGGAACUGUAUGGCUGAGCUGAAGAAUUGAAUCUCAACAGUUGAAUCAUUGUGAUCCAAGCCCACAGAAAUAAUGAUUUGUUUAAUAUUUCAAGCUUGUCUAUGGCUUGCUUCAUGAGAGAAGUUAUAAAGAUUUUCCUUGCUUUUUGAAGACAUCUCCAUACCAGUGGGUCUAUGAAUUACAUGCAGUCUCUUUCCACUGUUUCUGCUUGUCAUUCAGCUUAACCUAUGAUGAGAAUUCUUAUUCAGGCAUCAGUAGAAAGAAUGAACAUGCGUGACUGCAGGGGAAGAAAACUAAUCUUUGGUGAUUCAAUCACCCUGUAAGGACCAAUGUACCCAAUAGCUCAUGGAAGAAAAAAAUCAAAAUCAAAUCAGGACAUCCUUGGUUUCCAGGCUACCGAAAUAUGGAAUGAAAACUUUAGGAAGUGUCUUGCAACCUGUGCCAAAUGGGACAGCUGAUAGUUUAGCGGGGAAUAAUGGUGGCCAAAAUUUCAGCAAGCACAAUGGCACUGUUCACAUGUCUUCCUUUUCUUUCAACUGGAAAAAAUCAAAUAAAUACCAACUUCACGAUCAAAAUGGGAGAGAGACCAACUCUAAGCAUAAUUGUAAUGAAAAAUUAAUCGAUUCUGAAAGGUGUUCUCAGUCUCAAGGAGCAUUGGGCAAUGAUGUGCUCAGGGUGGGUUUGAACAGUACUUCAAUUGCCUCAAAAUCAGCAAAGCACACCAGUAUGUUUGUGUCUCCUACUGAGGAAUUAAACCCAAAGUCUUUGCCUGGACUCACUGGUUCAGCAAAAUUCACCAAAGGUACCCUGUCAGGGAGAACCUCAUAUUCUGGAUUCAGUGUUUCAAAAUCCCAUUUAAAUGGAUUUUAUGGAAAUAGGCCAGUGAUAGGGUUGCAGAGACCUAGAGCUAAUUCCAGUACCACAAGGACAAGUUCUGGAGAAAGCCUGGCACAAUCUACAGACAGUAGCAAGUCUUCUUCCUGUGAAAAAAUGGUAAGAUCACAAAGUUUUUCACAUUCCAUUCAGAAUUCUUUCCUUCCCACUGCAUCUUUAACCAGAUCACAUUCCUUUAACAAAGCUGUGGAUCUUACAAGGCCUUAUCAUAGCCAAAAUCUAGCUGCCAGGACAUCUCAGAGGUCAACUUUGUUGUCAAGAAAUACACGUCUGUUGGAUGUACCAAAUGGAAAUGAACCUAUGAAGUAUGGAUUUACCAGGCCCUCCUCUGGUACAUCAUCUCCUUGUUCAAAGAAGUCCCCACUGUCAAAUGGAUCUGGGUCAGCACCAUCUUUUGGAUACAGAUUAAGUCGGCCUUCUCUGCUGAAGCCUACCAGGCAGCAGUUUGCUGGGAAUAUUGUGGAUGACAGCAAAAGUACAACUCCUGACACACCUAUCCUGGAGAAAUCUGACAUUUCAACAAAUAUAAAUAGAGCACUUGAGAAAAACAGUAUUAGAGAGAGCAGUGCUCAAAGAACGGAAUCUGAUGAGGCCCUGCAUGAAAGUAUGGGAAAACAUGGGGCAAAAGUCAUGUGUAUGAGUGAUGAUGGAGAUGAAAUCUCUAUAUCUUCUUUGUCAUCCUCUGAAAAAAAUGAUUUGAGUGAAGACUUCAGUGAUGAUUUCAUAGAUAUAGAAGACCCAAACAGAACUAUUCAAAUACAGCCAAAGGAGAGCUGUCUGCAGGAGUCAGAGCACAGGAGCGUAACAUCUAUCAAGCCAUUCAGUUCUCUCAAGGAAAGUGGAGGAUCUUGCUGUAAUGCUGAUGACUGGCUUGAUAUAAAUGUGUCUGCAGUGGAUGACAACAGUGAAAGCACAAAGCGUACUGCCGAGAGUGUGAUUUCUCCAGAGAUGAAUUACAGAACUGGUUCCUCUUUUGAGCUUUCUCCAUCUGACAGCUCUGAUGGCACAUACAUGUGGGAUGAAGAAGGAUUGGAACCUAUUGGAAGUGUCCAUCCUUGUGGAAGUUAUGAAUCUUCAGAAAUGAACAGCAUAGAUAUCUUGAAUAAUCUUGAUUCGUGUGAUCUUGAAGAUGAUGAUCUCAUGCUUGAUGUGGACCUUCCUGAAGACCCACCUCAUGACAAGGAGGAAUGUGAAAAUAUGAGCCGUUAUGAUAGACAAGACAGAAAUGCUAGGCAACACCAGGAAGGAUUCUGGAAAAGAGCACCACAACAACGGUGGAAUACACAGGAUCACUAUCAUCUAGGGCACACUGAUCAUUAUAUCCAUGGUAAAAAUGAUUUGAAUAGGGGAUCAGACUACCUAGAUUCUCCUGUUGGUCGCUUUGAAAGUUAUGGAGCACCAAAUUUUUACCAGGCUCCUAGACAGCUGGUGGGCUUGUCAGAGAAUACUGUGAUGCUUGAUGAAAUGACACUUCGGCACAUGGUCCAAGACUGUACAGCUGUAAAAACUCAGUUGUUGAAACUGAAGAGAUUAUUGCACCAGAAUGAUGAAAAUGUGUCACUCCAGGACAUCCCACUCUCAGUUCCAUCAAGUCCAGAACCACGAGAACCUGAGCCAACUUGCAAGAUGGACGAUCUGCUGAAUGAGAUCAGGCAGCUUAAAGAUGAACUGAAGAAAAAGGAUGAAACAAUCAACCAAUUAGAGAAUCAACUUGCCACUAGAUGUAACUGCCAGAAAGACAGUCAAAAACCUACAGGUGCAAAGUGCAUGUAUGCUGAUAAAUUUACACAAACCUCCUGGAGGAGGAGUUCUCCUCAAGUACUACAGCCUUCCAGCAGCCUUCCCAAUUCCACAGAAGUCGCCAAGGGAAAACUAAUAAAAACUCCACAUAUCGAGGCCCACAAUGAAUAUUCUAAACAUGGUCUGCAUGCAAAUAGCAAUCAACAGACUCAUAAUGCUGCAAAUGUCUCUCUCAUAAAUAGCCUGAAUGAAGUGAACUCUUUAAUGAGCAUUCAGCUAAGCAUAAAAGAUGAGGAUGCAUCAUAUUUGGAAAAUAUGAAAAACAAAAAUACUGAAGACCCUGGAGAGGUGGCUAGGAAGAAAGAAGGGAUGCCACAAUCUUGUUCCUCUUUUCAGACCUCUACAAGAGCUGAUGCUAGAGAGGUGCAGACUGAAUUAGCAGUGAAAGGUGAACCCUCUUUCACAAACCAGGCUUCUCGGCCAAAGACUUUAAGAAUAGCAAAGCCCCCAAAUGCUUUAGUGCCUCCUACAAUGGCCGUGCUCGCACGAUCUGCAAACCAUUCCGCUGCUUCCAAGGAAUGUGAGCUUCUACCAUCAAGUAGUUUGACUCAGCUACAGUCAGCACCUGGUCAGGGUAACCUAAAGGGUAAACAGAGUCAGAAAGUGUCUAAACUUCGCCCACCAACUAUAUCCUUUGUUAAAUCUAAGCAAAUGAACGGUCAGAAAUCCACACCAGUAUCAGCCGAGCCUCAGAACACCUGCUUGAAGACUAACAUCCCGAAGCCACCUGUGCAGAGAAAAGAAAGUGUGCAGGCACAGAAUUCCAGUUUGCAUUCUGGGGAUGGUUUGCCCUGCAAUCGGCAUUCCCGUCUCCCUAAACCAAAGACACAUUGAGAACGUACCUACAUAUCACUGGGUGAUGCCAUACAUCAAACCACUUCCUGUGUAUUGACUGCUUUUGAGCCUCCUUUAUCUACAGCUUGCAAAUCCUGAGUGAAUAUUAAAAUAGCAUCGUUGCUUGGUGUUUGCAUACUCCAUCCUGUUAUGUUCUGAGGUUCAUCUUAUGAGCUGUGCAGCUUCUGUCAGUUUUCUUACAUUGUAGGUCUGAAUUAAGGAUUGUAUUGGCCAGUGAUCUUAGGAAUUAAACCAUACAGAAGUCUGUGGUGACCACAAGUACUAGAAUGCUGCACUAUGAAUUUCAGGACAGCAGAAGUAAUUUCUUACCUCCAUUUGAGUUAUUAGACAAUGAAAUUAAUAUUGAAUUUAACUUCUUGGUUCUGAGUACUCAUUAGUUUAGAGUGGUGGAAACUAGGCUUACUAGCAGAUGUUUAAUUGGCCACAAUUUUGACUCUCUAUUCCAGAGGCCUAUGCAAAAAUCCUUGUAUUUAUCAUUAGCUCAAGACUGACAUAUUUAAUGUUAUUUAAUCUGAUGGGUUGGGUGGGUUGUGUUUUGUUUUGCUGUAAUCUGAAGUUGCUCUGUUCUUUAUUUAUCCCAUUUUCACUGUUCACAGACAAUAAGCAGAUUUCACAGGAUGAAACAAUUCUUCUCUCUUAAGUAUUUAUAAUUUGUUGCAAGACUGUGGUAUGUUUUUAUUGUGUUAAAUAGACACAUUACCAGGUAGAUUCUUGAAAGAUUCUUGAAACGCAGUGCUAAGGAUACUAGUGCAAAACCUUCCAAUACAGGCUCUUGUGAAUUGGUAAGUAGGGAACCUCUGGGAAUAAGGGGUCCAUAACACCUAUAUUGAUGUUGCACAACAUGCAUUUUAAUUAAUAGUUUUUAACUUUUACUGUACGACUUGUAUUUAUUGAUUUCUGUUUAAUAUUGAAAGGCUCUGAAGUACCUGACUUGAAAUUUUGCACAAACUUUGCCAUAUGUGUAAGGAUUUGAAACUAUUUUACAGAAUAAAACUUGUAUUAAAAAGUAACUAUUUUUAAAACAAAAGAUUGAAUUAACCCACUUAUUUGCUUUAAGCAACCCUAUUAUGUCCUAAUCCAGAGCUGGUACUCUUAAGAGUUUUUCAGAGUUGUGUAUUUUGGUUUGGGGUUUUUUGUAAAUUUUUUUGUGUGUGUGUAAUUUCAAAAGUGCAUGAUAAAUGGGAAGGAGCUUUAUGGGGAAAUAAAGCAACAAAAAUCAAACCACCAAACAUUUUUCUGCUCUCUAGGAGAAGUAUUUUUUCUCAAAGUGAUCUGGAAAUGUAUGCUCAUCAUGGUGCAACUGUGGGACCCUGACAUGUGUGCUGUGAGUUAAACAUGCAUAUCCAGUGAAACUUUCCAGAAACUUUGUUACAUCCCAUCUCUAGUUUGGUCUUUCUUUCCCAUCACUGUCUCUCAGAUGUUACUGUUUCUUUCUUCUUCUUUUUCUUUUUUUUUUCCUGUUCUUGAAUUGGUUUUAAAAUCGUAAGCAGGAAGCUCUUGCAAUUACUUUUGCUCAAAAUCAGUUCCCCAAGAGCAUAUAAUGUCAGUAAGAUGAAACAUAGUUUGUUCUAGGCUUUGACUAUAGAACUUUGACAUUUUACAGUAUUUUCUUUGUGAGAAGUGAAUAGAUACAGAAAAUUCAUAAAGAAAUUCAGUAAUCAACUUUGGUAAUAUAAUCCCUUAAGAAGAGGCAUCCUGAUAUUGAAUGGGUGAAGGAAAAAAUAUAAUCAUCUCACUUGAGUCUUUCAGUAUGGAAUUUAUGUCCAAGAAAGUUUUUGGAUUUCUCACACUUUGAAUUCUUUUAACUGAUAAUGAAGUGGGGAAAAAAACAAACAAACAAACUUGGGGGCAAAAAAGGUAUGGGGGAGAUUUUAUUUCAGAACUGCUUGGAUCAAUCUGAAAUAAGAGACCUGCGGAACUUCCCGUAAACUGUGGUGAGGACAAUGUAUGUAAGAAGCAACAAGGGGAACGUUUAUUGUUACAGCUGGUAUAGAAUCAGUAUAACUACAAGAUUGCUGUAAAAAUUACUCUCUUUGAAAAAAUUCCUUAUUUUCUUGAAGUGCAUUUGAUUAGAUGGCCUUCACUCUAAGCACUUAAUUUUAAUAAGAAAACAAAACUGGCCUUCUGGAUUCCCCCAAUACUAGCUCCUGGCAGCUAAUUGUGUUUCUCAGGAGUUUAAAAACUGCUGAGGGAAUGAUCAGAUUCCUGGUUCUUUUUCUGGUCCAUAUAGAUUUCUAUGGAAGGUGGGGUUUUUUAAGUUUACGUUCCAUGAAGAGAAGCUGAUUUUAUUUUUAGUUGUAUAUGAUUUUGUGUAAAAAACAAAAAACUGAUUUUCACAUAGUGCUAUUGACAGAGGUGUUUCACCAUGAGUUCUUGUGCUCUUUAUUCUGGAGGUAUCACCAGCUUGAUUUAGUGAUGUUGAGAUUUUUGUUUACAUUUAAAAGUAUAGGUAUCUAUCUGCACCUUUACUGAAAAAUAAGGAAGGAAGCUAAACGAUGAUCAGGGUUUUCAUUAAAAAUGCUAUAGUUCUUAAUUAUUUUUUUCCAGAAGAACAAAAUAUAUUCUGCAGGGUUUUUUUUUAUGUUGAAGAAGCGUAAGUAGAUUAUAUUCUUUAUUUGCAGCAUUUCCUCAUUUUGUUCUGACAGAAUAGUGAGACACUUUGAGGUGGCAACAGCAGGAUUUGAUCCUGGAUGAGACAGCUGCUAGCCUGAACUGCAUUUGUAUUCAGCUGAUAACCUCAUCCCUUGAAAGACAACUGUUUUUUGGCCCUUCAGGCUUCACCAGGGAAGGCUCUGUUGCAUGUAGAGCAAGUCCAGAGUAGGAGAAAAGCCUGUGAGUUGACAGGCAGCUGGAAGAGAGGUGAAGUUUAAAGCUUCAGUGAAGGAUGAGGGCUGGGGAGAGAAGGAUAAAAGGGUGCUACAUAGAGCUUGUCAGGUGGGAUUAAGUAAGUAUUUCCAGGUAACUACCUGAUGGAAGUUGCAGAUAUAUCAUGAUUAUUGGUGCAGAUUAACCUGUAUGUGUAAAUUAAAGGGUUUAAUAUAUUCAGGGGGGGUUAGGUUUCUCAGUUGGGUUUAUUGCCAUUUUUUUGUUGCUUUUUGAUUCCUCAUUCUUUUGUGCAAUAUCCACAAAAGUAUUAAACUACUGUUCAGUGUGUGUGUGUGUACAGAGGCAAUUAAGUGUUUUAAGAAGUGAAUAAACACAAAAGAAAAAAACAGAGUUGCACUUUAAAUGAGCUUUAUUGCUUAGAGUUGUGCCUAAAAUCUAGAUGCCUCCUUCUGUGUGUGGCUUUUUUUUUUUUUUUUUUUUUUUUUGAAACUUAUUUUCCUGCUAGUGUUGCUGUUUCAAAGGUAUCUUCACAUCACUUUCACAGAAUUGAUAUGCUGCACUCUAGCAUGUUUAAAAAUAUUCAUAUAGUGUACUGAGUUUCUGUUGUGCAAUGACUUUAAUUUAACCAUGGAAUUUUAGCACUCAUGAUGCAGCCAGAUUAUUACCUUCCCCUUCCCUGAAGCUGACACUUCCUACUGCCAAUCAAGGCCAAUGGCAAAACUUCCCUAGGACUAGCAUAAAGAGUAAUGUUCCCAGCAUAUGUUUUAGUUUGAGAAAAGAAGUGCAAUAUUAUCUCUCAGAUUUUCUGGAAAUAAUCAAAAGGCCCUGCAAAUCCAAAACGGCCCUGAAUUUUUCAUACAGUUCCAAAAUAACUGGGUUCCUUUACAUCUCAUAUCAGUGAGACUAGACUGCAUCAUAGGUCAGUAACAUUAAAUUCACUCUUGAUCUAAUUCCUGAUUUAUUGUAAGGAUGCUAGAAAACUGAAUACAUUUGUGUGAUUUACUUCUGUUGCAUGUCAGAACCAUAUGCACAUUUUAAAGUAUCAUACUUGAGUAGGUUGCAUGUUGGGGGGGAAGUAUUUCUGGCUUUGCACAGCACCUAACCCUCAAUGGACAUUUUCUCAUGAUACAAAUGGAAAUAGGUCCCUGAAUUAGAUUUACUUAGCAAUUCCUUACCUCAUUAUAAGUGGCUUUUUCUGAGCAGAGUGGAUUUAAUACGUGAUCCUGGUGGUAGGUUUCAGUGUAGUUAUCUUACAACUAUGCCAUCAAGGAAGUUUAGUCAUUGCUGUGGUAAAGCUGCUCACUGCCUACUUAACUAUAAAAGAACCACAAUAAAAACAAUAUAUUUCCAGUGUCGGUGAAAGCUUAAAUUCAAUACUGACUAAAACAAGAGGUACCCGUAAUAUCUGCCUUGUUUUUGUUUUUUAACCCAGGCCAGAGUAAAUGCUGUAUAUUGGAAUUUGCUUGUAAAGUUGAUUAUAAAAACCUGUAUGUAAAAAUUCUUUACUCGAUGUUGCUCUAGUGAAUAAAAAAUAAAAGUCAUAAUUCUAAUAAGUA